AGAUUCCACGGAAGACAUAUAUCGCGCACAGGUGUUACGACAUAGUAGUUCCGGGUAGCUAACACUAGCUGAAGCUUUACUCUCCACUCCACAUUCUUCACACCCAGUGGGUUGACAGACGUCCCGGAGCAGCAUGGAUGGUGAAGAGAGAACCUACGGGGGCUGUGAAGGGCCAGAUGCCAUGUAUGUGAAGCUGAUCUCUUCAGAUGGCCAUGAGUUCAUUGUGAAACGAGAACACGCCUUGACAUCUGGAACCAUCAAAGCCAUGUUAAGCGGGCCAGGUCAGUUCGCUGAGAAUGAAACCAACGAGGUGAACUUCCGAGAGAUUCCCUCUCAUGUCCUCUCCAAGGUCUGCAUGUACUUCACCUACAAGGUCCGUUACACCAACAGCUCCACAGAGAUACCUGAAUUCCCCAUCGCUCCGGAGAUCGCACUGGAACUGCUCAUGGCUGCAAACUUUUUGGAUUGCUAAAGUUACAGAAAAGAUGUAGCAGCUUAAAACACUUUUAGAACGUUUUUUGGAUAUUUAACUUGUUUUGCUGUAUACCUGAAAGAAUAUGUCACUUCAAGGGUUGUUUUCUUUUCUUUUUUUUUGCACUUGGCUCUUUUGUCAUAAUUUUAGUAGUAUUAAAGGAUUUCAUUUUAAUGUAAUAAAUGGAAAAGGCAAGCUGCAUCACUUGCCCCAGAAUGUGAUAAACCUGUCCCCACCCCAUUUCCCUCUUUCCUCACCUCUCCAGCCUAAUAAAGAUCUGUUUGGUGAGCA